GGGGGUCAAUCGACGAAUUGUUGGUGUUCGGAGAUGGCUGUACAAGAUGGUUUGUGAUAACCAAAUGGUGUGCGUGAUAAACGAUUGAAGAAGAUAUUGGAAACAGGGCGCGUCGUUUCGGCGGAUAUACUCGUACCGAUGUAAUGGUCGUUUGGAAAUAGCGAGAGAGAAGCCUUUUGCUCAAAACAGCUUCCUGCGCGAUCGGGAAUUUUAUCGAGACGUAACAAUGUGGCAUAAGGAGUUUAAGACGAGUAAUGACAAUGGAAAUAUCAAGUUUAGAUUGUAAAAAAAAACAACCUUGUCGACAAAGCGACAUGUCAGAUUCGUCGCGGUAUCUUUAUGGCCAUCUCCCUCCUGACAUUAUGCCGAAAGGACUUACCAACAAUGGCAUAGGGGGAAAAAUACGCCAACUGGAAAGCUUGUUUAUCAGUGGUUCUGCCCAAGGUGGACGAGUAGGUCAUGCCAUUUCGAUCGAGACUCUUAUCGACAUCUUACUCGUGCUUUAUGACGAAUGCUGCAAUUCUUCGUUACGCCGUGAAAAGACUGUUUCUGAUUUUAUCGAGUUUGUAAAACCGAUAACUUCUUGCAUCAAGGGCUUGCAAUUGACACGAGAAGACUUUGAAAUUGUCAAGGUGAUUGGCAGAGGUGCUUUCGGGGAAGUAUGCGUCGUAAGAAUGCGCGGCUCGGACAAAGUGUUUGCUAUGAAAAUUUUGAAUAAAUGGGAAAUGUUGAAACGUGCCGAAACCGCGUGCUUUAGAGAGGAAAGAGACGUCCUAGUGUACGGUGACCGCAGAUGGAUUACGAAUCUGCAUUAUGCCUUUCAAGAUGACAAUAACUUGUAUCUGGUCAUGGAUUACUAUUGCGGAGGAGAUUUAUUGACGUUACUGAGCAAAUUUGAGGAUCGUCUGCCAGAGGAUAUGGCGCGAUUCUACAUAGCGGAAAUGGUGUUAGCUAUAGGCUCUAUACACGAUUUGCGCUAUGUACAUCGUGACAUUAAACCCGAUAAUGUUUUGCUGGACGCAAAUGGUCAUAUCAGAUUAGCUGACUUUGGCUCUUGUUUGCGACUGUUCGAAGAUGGUACUGUGCAAAGUAACGUCGCUGUUGGUACUCCGGACUACAUUUCACCAGAGAUAUUAAGGGCAAUGGAGGAUGGUCAGGGACAAUAUGGUCCUGAAUGCGAUUGGUGGUCUCUUGGAGUAUGUAUGUACGAGAUGCUCUAUGGCGAAACACCUUUUUACGCGGAAUCUCUAGUCGAGACUUAUGGCAAAAUUAUGAAUCACAAGAAUUGUUUUGAUUUUCCUACGGAUGUUAUGUACGAUGUUUCUGAAGAAGCCAAAGAUCUGAUGCGUAAGUUGAUAUGCAGCUCUGACUUUAGACUAGGCCAAAACGGUAUUGAUGACUUCAAGAAGCAUCCUUGGUUCGACGGAGUCGAUUGGGAUACGCUCAGAGAUAGCACUGCGCCGUACAUUCCUGAAGUUUCGUCACCUAGUGACACAUCCAACUUUGAUGUUGACGAUACCGAUGUUCGCACUUCCGAUGCCGUUCCACCAGCCGCGAAUUCAGCUUUUUCUGCUCUUCAUUUACCAUUCGUUGGCUUUAGUUUCACGCAAGGAAGUUGCAUAUCGGAUCUGGGUUGUAUAUCUGCCCUAUCUCAGACAGACAAACGUAUACAGAUACUCGAGGAAGAAAACGCACGAUUGAUACAAACCAUUGACGAUAUGAAAAAUCAAUCAACUCUAAGUCAUUCUCCACCUGGCAUCUCUCCAGAUUCUAAUAAUGCGACGAGAAAACUUCAGGAUGAAAUAAAUACGCUUACGAAACGCAAUUGUGAGUUGGAAUCUCAGUUGAAAUCUCUAGAUGUUCCACGCGAAUUACGAACUUUGGAUAACGGUGAUAUGACGAAAUUCCGAGAACUUGAAAAGCUAGUUCGAUGUCUACGCUCGGAAAAGGAAGAAGCCAUCAAGGACAAGUUGGACGCGCAGGAGAAAUUAAAGCUUCAAGACAAAGAGUUGAAGGACGCACUUACGCAACGUAAACUCGCGAUGGCGGAAUAUACGGAAGUAUCGGAUAAAUUAUCGGAACUACGGCAGCAAAAGCAAAAGUUAUCGAGACAGGUUCGAGACAAAGAGGAAGAGUUGGAAGUGGCGAUGCAAAAGGUCGAUACUUUACGCCACGAUAUUCGAAAAGCUGAGAAACUGCGUAGAGAGUUGGAAAAUAGAAUCGACGAAGCUAUGGCAGAGACUAGCAAAGAACGGAAAUUGAGAGAACGCAGCGAGGAAUAUUGCAAGCAGAUGCAAGAGGAAACGGAGAAAAUCAGACAACGUUCUGUUGGAAAUGAUGCCAGUGCGAAUCACGCCUUGGCCACUCAAGAAAUUAAUAGAUUAAAGGCGGAAGUUGAGAAGCUUGAGGUUCAGUAUAACGAAAACUUAACUCAACAACAAGGCAGGUUUAAUCUCGAGAUUCGAAGUUUGCAAGAACAAUUGCACGAAGCGGAAACUAGAAGAGAGCUGUUGGAGAGAGAGGUGCAGCUCACCAAAGAGAAAUUGGAUGCUGCGAGAUUGGAAAAUAUCACCGAUAGCGAAGAAACUAUAAAUGAGUUAAAUAGACGUCACGAGAGAGAAAAGAUUAUGAUAGUUGAAGAAAAUAAGAAACUUGUGUUGGAACUUGGUGCCCUCACCGACAGCGUGAAUAGACUACAAAGUGAAAGAAGGCAAUUGGAAGACGAAUAUGAGGAGUUGAGGAAUAAGAAAGAAGCUAUCGCGCAGUGGGAAGCUCAGAUUACUGAAAUUAUUCAAUGGGUAUCGGAUGAAAAAGACGCUCGUGGAUAUUUGCAGGCCUUGGCUACAAAAAUGACGGAAGAAUUAGAAUUCUUAAAACACUCCGGUGGAGUUGGCGGUGUUGGAAGCGGAACUACUAUGGCGGAUAAAAAUUGGCGAAAUCGUCGCUCACAGAAGCUCGACAAGAUGGAACUUUUGAAUUUGCAGAGCUCCUUGCAAAGUGAAAUACAAGCGAAGCAAGCAAUUUCAGAGGAACUCACCAAGACUCGCUCUGAUUUGAUAGCCGCACAAAAAGAAUUGAGGGAUUUCAAGCAACGAUUAGAUACCAUGUCGCACGAACUGAAGCGAAAAGAUAUGCAAGUAAAAGAGUUGCAAGCGCGUCUCGAUACCGGGGAUGGCUUUUUAGAACGUCCUACAUCACAAAUGUCGUAUCUCGAGCAUUUUCUGAAAGAAACGACAAGUAGUACUCGUCAUGGAAGUGUCGACAGUGUGGAAGGUGACAUUGAGGACAAUCGUGCGCCUAGUAUAACGAGCAGCAAAAGUAAUCUGUCUGAACUUAGUAUUGAUCCAACCUCGCCGUUAUCUCAUGAACUUCUAAACAAGUCUUCGUCCACCCACGGUCAAACUAAUUUGCAACCAAAGCCUAAAUCACACCAAUUUCUCGUACGAACGUUUUCAGCACCUACAAAGUGUAAUCACUGCACUUCUUUAAUGGUUGGUUUAACGAGGCAAGGAGUCGUAUGCGAAGUGUGCGGCUUCGCGUGCCAUAUGCCUUGUUGCGACAAAGUACCUCCAAUGUGUCCUGUACCCCAUGAUCAAACUAAACGACCAUUGGGAAUCGAUCCUACACGUGGGAUAGGUACUGCGUACGAGGGAUACGUCAAAGUGCCAAAAAUGGGUGGCGUCAAGAAGGGUUGGGUGCGUCAAUUCGUCGUAGUUUGCGACUUCAAAUUAUUUCUUUAUGACAUUUCACCAGAUCGCAAUGCUUUGCCAUCUGUAUAUGUCUCGCAAGUUCUGGAUAUGCGAGAUGAAGAAUUCAGCGUCAGCUCCGUUCGCGAUUCUGACGUCAUACACGCUACAAAGAAGGACAUUCCGUGUAUAUUUAGGAUAACUACAUCGUUAUUGGAGCCUCCUGGAUUGAGAAAUCAUACGUUAAUGUUGGCAGAUACGGAAAGUGAAAAAACAAAAUGGGUAGUAGCCUUAAGUGAACUUCAUAGGAUUUUAAAGAGAAACAAUCUUCCAAACACAACGAUUUUUCGAGCGAAAGAAUUGUUGGACAAUACCUUGGCAUUCAUUAAAAAUGUUAUGUCAGGAGCGAUUAUUGAUCCGGAUCGUCUAGUCAUUGGUACAGAGGAAGGUCUCUUCUGCUUAGAUUUAGAUCGUAGUGAAAUUGCAAGGGUCGGAGAAGGAAAAAAGAUAUAUCUUCUUGAAUAUGUUACCGAGGAGCAAUUGAUCGUGGUAUUGAGCGGAAAACAACGUCAUGUACGGCUGGUUCCAGUACGUGCCUUGGAUGGAGACGAAGUUGAAUGGAUUAAAGUAGCGGAGACUAAAGGAUGCAUUACAUUAACGACUGGAGUAGUGCGUCGCAAUCCGCUUAAUUACUGCUUAUGCGUUGCAAUAAAGAAACAAAACGCAUCGCAAAUCAUCAUCUACGAGAUAACACGUACGAAAACGAGACACAAGCGUAUACGCGAAUUAAUGUUACCGUGUCACGCACAAACCUUACAAGUUCUCUCCGAAGGUCGCUUGUGCGUUGGUUAUCCGUCUGGUUUUUCAAUUUACAGCAUUUUAGGAGAUCAUCAUCCUAUUUCUUUGGUCCAUGCUGAGAAUACCCUUUUGGGUUUCCUCACCUAUAGUGCCGUGGAUGCGUUACGUUGCAUCGAGUUGGCGCGUGGUGAAUUUUUAUUAGUCUUCCAUACAUUAGCGGUGUACGUUGAUAGUCAAGGAAGAAAAAGUCGAGAUCGGGAAAUAAUGUACCCUGCAGUUCCUACGGCAGUUAGUUAUUGCGAGGGAUAUCUAAUGGUGUACAGCGAAACUCAUAUCGACGUGUUUGACUGUGCAUCUGGAGACUGGUUACAAACGCUUAAUGUGAAACGAGCCCGACCAUUGAAUGUUUCGGGUUCUCUUACGACUUGCGUAAUAAAUGACAUGCCAUAUGUUAUUUAUCUCAGUAAUUUGCAUCAGCGAGAACUAUUGAAUUUGAUACCGUUGGAUGCGAGCGGUAGACAAAUGACAAGGCCACGACGAAGAUUUUCACUGCGAGAAGGCAAUAGAGCCAUUCGUCCUACAGACAGACGUUCGAAAAUGAUUUCUGCACCGACAAAUUUCAAUCAUAUUAGUCAUAUGGGUCCAGGAAACGGGAUACAGAUACAGCGUUUAUUAGAUUUGCCGACAACUUUGGAAACUGCUGAUCAACAACAUACGAGUCAUCAUAGUAGUUCUCAUCUUCAUAGUAGCCAACAAAGACUAUAUGAUGCUGCGCUUCAAACACCGAACAAACCGGCACCGUUGCCUCCUAGGCAUCCCCCUUCUGACGCACGUCGUCUGAGUUCACAUAUGUCAAGAAACUCUGGUUAUUCACCGCACAACGGUUCGACAACAUCACGAAGAGGUCCUGCGCCACCACGACCAACUGCCACGCCUCCUUCCUUACCACGCACUCCAGUGGACCAACUUGAUUCCGAAUCGGUACAUUUGCGUUCACAUACUCCGCUCUCUCUUGGUAGUAUUGCAUCUUUACAUAACAAGGAACAUCCAUCUGGUGGCAGUCCUAGACAUUCGAUAGCUUCGAACAACAGCUCAAAUCCAUCAACGCCACCGAGUCCCGCCCACGAUCAUGGAUCGUCAUCGUAUGAUUCGUAAAUUUAUUUAACAUUUACGAAGAUUUAGAAACGGUAUGUAUUUAAUACAUAUUUAAGAAAAAUGAUCAAUUUAAUAUAUACAUAUGCAUAUGUAUACCUGUGCGCAUCCUUAUAGUAUAUGUAUGUAUAUAUGUUGAGCUCUUAUAUAUAUUUUUACUAUAUAUUUCUUCAUUCUUCAUCUUUCUAUCGUUAAGAAUGCAUUUUGAUAAUCAGCUCGUUGACUAUGUUAACUAUGUUGACUUGUCAAUCGAAUCCGAACUUGUUAAUCUUGGAAUCUCUGUUGUUUGAUAAAUCGAAAUUUAAUUUUAGAUUUGAGCCUAACAUAUAUAGUCAUAUAUUUGUAAUGUAUUUUACAGCAUACAGUACUCGUGUUUAAUCUUUGAAAUGGAAAGUUAUUUCGCGGUAUUGCCUUACCGUCGUGCAAUAUAAUUAUGCAUACUUGAUAUCAUAUGAGUCAACGUAAUCGUGUGCAUCUUUGUAAUACAUUACAAUAGCGCGCUGCGUGAUUUUAUAUACAUAUAUGUACGCGCGCGCGUAUAUGCCUGUGUGUGUGCGUGCGUGCGUGUGUGUAUAUAUGUAUACACACACGCAAAACACACACGUGUAUACAGAUAAACUGCAGCAAAUUUUCUUUGCAAAAGUGCACUAGUGCAUUUCUAUAAUUUUCUGAUUUUUAAGAGUUUAUAUGUAAUAAUUUAUGAUGCACUUAAUGAAAAAUCCAUUAUUAAUAUAAUGGUAAAUUAUUGUAAAUACUUUAUACACUUAACGAGAGAAACGAUAUAUCGUUAAGCUCGCUUUGCGAUGCCAUAUCUAUUUCUUUCGAUAGUUGUCAUUCUUUAUUUCGAUAAGAAUGAUUUAACAAUUUGUACAACAAAAUUGGAAUCUCAGUCAAAUUAACACUAGCAAUAAAAUUUAAACUACUUAAUAUAUCGUACGUACCCUCGACUUUAGACGAAAACAGUAGCUGCAAACGUAUAAGUAUACUUAACAAGCGUUAUACCGGGAAUAACUGCACGCGAUUUUUAAUUUUAUUAAUAUGUAUUACUAAUACAUGUAGGUAUUAGUCUGUCGCACAUGUCGUUAUUAUGGAAACUCGUGAUAACGAUAUGAAUACUACGAGACAAAUCCUUUUUUCCUCAUCCUUUCUGUUUCUUUCUUCCCAACACAGUCGCUUUUCUUUUACAAAAUUAAGUCGGAAAAAAUGUACAACAUAAUCAUCUCGCUUUUCUCUGCAAAGUUGUAAUAAGCGGCAUGAGCCGACUAUGCGCGAUUAUCCCCGGUUUAACGAGGUGACGAAUUAGACGGAGCGCGAAUCGAUUCGAUGCCUUAUGACUAACCGUUUUCUAUCGCGUCACAACGCACUAAUGUGCAUGGUAUUAUCCGACGUGUGAAUAGUAGAAUGGUCCUGUCGCGAGCUCCCGCUGAUAAUAAGUAGUUGUUAAGAACGGACUCACGAUUACACUCACCUGUAUGCUACGCUAUACGCAUACAUGAUGUCAUCGUGUCGAGCGCAGAAAUACGCAGCAGAAAUAUGUAUUGUGUGUAUAUCGAGUGUGUGUACUCAACUGGAAAUAGAACGAGAGAGUAUUGUCUUUUGACGUUCAAAUCUUGGAUCGAAGGCAUAAUAAUCGCGAUUAACAGAUACUUGGCGCGGAUCAUUUGAAAAGGCUAGUUGGAAAUAGGGAAGAGAACAUAUUACAGCCUGUGACAAUUACUAGACGUAUAAAAGAUUACAUAUACAUAAAUACAUUUAAGUGCAAUGUGUAUCGAAAUUAAGAAUGAUGCUAAAAAAUGAUUAAAAGCCGACGAAAAAACAUUGGAAAUAUUGUCAUUAGAUUUGUCAGGACGUUCGAGAUAGAUUUUUUUCUUUUGUAAAUUAAUAUAUGCGAAUUAGGUUUUAUACAACGUGUACAUUUCAUUACUUUGUACGUCUAUAUCUAUGUAUAACAAGUGGGUAAAGUGCCAGUAUGCGAGGCGUAUGUCUAAAUGAAACUAAUUUAUUUCACACGACCAGUAUAUUCCUUGUUUUGGUUUUAAUUAAACUAUUUAGUUAUCAUCACAGUUCUUUUUUUUUAAACUAUACUUCUAAGAAGAUGCAAAAAAAAUACAGAGUUCAAUUAUGAACAUUUAAAUUAUUUUAAACACGCUUUGAAACGCAUAUUAUGUUGUAUCUUUUGAAAUAUAGGAAGGAAGGUGUACAAUUACAUUGUAUACUUGCUAAUAAGGAGAAGGAAGAAAACAACUGUAAAAAAUCAUAAAAGUUGGUACAAGAAGACAACCGUCUCAGGAUCCUAUGCCAGUAGCUUAAGUACGGUAUAACGUUAUCGAGAGACUCAAACAAAUUGCUGGUAGUAGUUUUACGUUUGUUGCUCUUUUCCCUGGUCCUUCCCCCCCCCCCGCCCUCUUCUAUUCAAUUUUUAAUUCGCAAAAAAAUAAGAAUAUUCGAAAUUGAAAAGUUGGUGCACAAGCAUAAUGAAUAAGAAGACAUCACGCGAUUAAACACCCUUGUGUAUAUAUAUAUGUAUGCGGGUGUACGUGGGCGUGUAUGUGUGUGUAUAUGCACACAAAUACACACGCACGCGCGCGCGGACACACUUCCUAAAUAUACCGUAUUACAAAUACAAAUUACUAUCGAAUAUCGAUGACUACGAACUUGAUAGUCUUAAUUGAAACUUGACAAAAGAGAAACGUUGAUAUAUAAGACUUGGUUAAAAAAAAAAAUGGAACGUAGCGUUUUCCAUAAUACUAAAACGCUAAAGACGGCAAGUGAAAUAAAGUUUACUACAGUUCAAUAGAUUAGUAUCGCAACUGAAAAAAGAUACGUGCGAAAUGAACGUAUCGCUGUACUUAUCAAUAGAAUCGAAUGAUCCGCCUAUCUUCCGUUAUUGUUACUUAAGGAUUUUUAAGACGAGAGAUAUCGACUGUUCAUAUUUUGUGUUGUGUCGUCAUUUUCGGUCAGAUUCGAUGCAUCACACGAGAAGAAUUGUUAUUUCUGUAUAUAGCAUUAAUUUCAUAUCUUUGUAAAUAACUCGAUUUCGGUCUACUUGUCAAAUCUAUUUAAAAUAUGUAUUCCCAGUGACCUCGAUUGAUUUACUACGAGCCUAUCGUUAUUUAUAUCGGACAUACUCUCCAUGGGGCUACUAUGAUAAAAGAAUACGAUCCUUAUCAGUUUAUCAUGUUUUUAUAUGUAAAAAUGAGAAUAUCGUUAGAUGCGUAUAUUGUUUUUAUUAGAUAUCGAAAUAUACGGCAUCCUAUGCGCGUACGCGACAACAAAUUAUAUAUUACAUAUAUUAAAUAUACAUACAGAUUGUACGAA